AUGGUCGAAACCCCAGAGCCUGGAUUCGGCCAGGUCCUCAUCAACCUGACUCAUUCAGGUGUCUGUCACUCGGACUUCGGUGUAAUGACGAAUUCGUGGCGGGCGCUGCCAUUUCCAACUCCGAAAGGCCAGGUUGGCGGACACGAGGGUGUUGGCGCGGUAGUGAAGAUCGGACCAGGAUGCGACAACGUUGGGAUCAAGGAAGGGGACCGAGUUGGAGUCAAAUGGGUGGCUGGUGUGUGUGGAACAUGCUUGCCUUGUCUUUCCGGAUCCGACGGCCUAUGCCUGAAUGGAAAGAUAUCGGGCUAUUAUACCCCGGGUACCUUUCAGCAAUACGUCCUCGGGCCUGCAGAUUACGUGACGCCGAUCCCGGAUAGUGUUCCUUCUGAGCUGGCGGCUCCUAUGCUUUGCGCUGGUGUGACUGUCUAUGCCGCCCUAAAGCGCAGCCGCGCGCAGCCUGGUGACUUUGUCGUGAUUUCAGGCGCAGGAGGUGGCCUUGGCCAUCUCGUAACAUCAAUCGGCAGCCGCGGCCUCGGGUUGCGCAUAAUUGGAGUUGACCAUGGGAGCAAAGAGGCCCUUGUGAAAGAUAAUGGUGCUGAAGUGUUUGUGGAUAUCACCCGUUUCCCAAGGGAUGAUGAUGGCGCUGCCAUCACUGAACAUGUCAAGGGCCUCACUGGGGGACAUGGCGCCCAUGCCGUCAUUGUUUGUGCGGCAUCCAACGGUGCCUACGCGCAAGCAGUUCCCAUGCUACGCUUCAAUGGCUCGCUGGUCUGCGUGGGUAUACCUGAGGGCGACCUUGUGCCUAUUGCAACAGCUAGCCCGGCUCCCAUGAUCUUCAAGCAGCUUUCGAUUCAAGGGUCCGCUGUUGGAAAUCGGCGAGAUGCGCUUGAGGUCCUAGACCUUGUUGCCCGUGGCAUCAUAAAGCCUCAUGUCCGGACAGAGAAAAUGGAGAAACUGAAGGAGGUUUUUGAGGAUAUGGACAAAGGUCUAAUUAGUGGACGUAUCGUUAUAGAUUUGGCCUAG